ACGAAUUUCUGUGAUGGCGGGGCGGCUAUUUGUGCUGGUCUGGCGAGAACCUUUUUCGAGCGGAGAAGAAACGAGAAACGCAGGAAGAAAACGGGCGCGCUUGUCGGCGGGCAGGUAGCAGGAGCCGUUUCAAACGAGUCCGGCGGGCAGGGAGAAACAUUUUGCUGCUCUGCAGAAGCGGAGGUGGGGGGGGGGGGGGGUGGGGGGGGCGCGUGGCGUGGCGAGGGCAGGUCAGCGGAUUGCACUCUUCGUUCGCAGUCCAUUUCAUUAGGGAGAUUACACUCUGCGUGCGCGUCCGCAUUCGAUGGCACAGUAGGACGAGGUUUGACGGGCCAAGCCACGGCUGACAGCUGGCGCGUUUAACGGCAGGGAAGCGGGAAAACGGACGGCGGACUUGAAAUGUGAUGCAUCUCAGCUGGCAUAAGAGGCGUGAGGAAGCCAGACGGGUGAUAAACGGAACGGCAGGACUUGACGGAACAGCCGAGGUAUGCAUCCAAUGAAAAUCGUCGGAUGACGCAAACAUGUUGCGUGGGAGUUUCGUUUCGCCCGUUUCCCCCAACAUUCCUCCCUCCCCGCUACCCGCCGUCCUCGCCUGCCUAAAAAUCCAAACCGCCUGCCCAUUGCCCAUUGCCCAUUGCCCAUUGCCCAACAUCCAUUCCGCCUGCCCAGCUUCGCAUGUUCAAAUCAAACACACACAUCCCCUCCCCGCGCAACUUCUGCGUGGUUCGGGGUGGCCAUGGGCGCUACUGUCUGAUCUUCUGUUUCAUGGGGCUGUUUCGGGCCUGAGUGCGGCUGGAAUAAAAAUUUCUUCGCUUCCCAUUUUCCACCGUCACCGAACUCGCAGCCCAUCCCUCAACAGCACCUGCGCAGAAGUUGGGUCUCAGGAGGAGGGUUCCAACUGAAUCGCUGUCAACCGUACUGUAACGUGUUCUACACUAAUCACGCUCUCGAUCACCGACCUCGUCUGGCUGGAGAGAGGGGGAGGUGCGCGGGCACAUUACAGUAUGUAAAUAGGAGGGAGUGAGGGCGGGGGCUGGUGCGUGGGGUGUGCCGCCAUGGAGAACGCGAUUGGGGGGAUCGCGGUCCAGACUCGGGGAAAUGGGGAGGGGGGAAACCCUGUCGCACGGGGGAGAAUUGUAUCGCGUCACACAGCGGAAACAGUCUUAAGCACUGUGCGGUGUUUUGCCGCCAUGUCACCUCAGCAACACUACAUGAGAGGAACAUGCCAAUCGCGGACUUAGCGCAAUUUUCUGUGGUCCGUUCCGCUCAUUUCUCCGUUCAGCUGCACUCAUUCAAUGACUCAAGUUUGUUGUUCACAGGACUCAGUACCCCCUCACGGUAGCGAACUCGCUUCCGAUUGUACCUUUUCUAAGCGAAAGUCCACAGUAAUUUAAUGCAUAAGCCCACUCAACGUGGUCGAGCAGAAAGACAAGUGUCGCCUGAUUCUGGAUCUCCGAAAGGUGAACGACGCAAUAAUCGUCCCCACAUUUAAAUACGAGGGACUCAACCGCGUAGCGGACCUCGCCCGCCAAGGAGAUUGGAUGUUCUCCAUCGACUUGAAAUCAGGCUAUCACCAUGUCGACAUCCAUCCCUCGUGCUGGACGUUCCUCGGCUUUGAAUUCGACGGGUGCACAUACGCCUUCCGAUCCUUGCCGUUCGGCCUCGCCACAGCACCAUUCGUCUUCACGCAGCUCAUCAAGCAAUUAGCUCGGCGAUGGCGGGAGCAGGGGGUCCGCGUGAUAUCGUACGUGGACGAUAUCCUCUUCCUGUGCCCGACCCAGGCACACGCUCAAGCCACGUGCCAACGGAUCGUUAUCGAUCUCAAAGCUGCCGGGCUCGUACUCAACUCAAAAAAGUCAAAGCUGAUACCAACACAGCACCUUCGGUUCCUUGGCGUAGAACUUGACACACAGGCCGGCCGCUCCAACACGACCUGCUUUCCAUGCUCGCCCGCUCUCGUGCCGACUCGACCAUCCGAACAUACGAGCCUUACUGGGUGAAGUUCCGCGCCUUCUGCACGAAG